AUGGCGACAUCGAUGAUACGGUACAAGCUCAUCUUUCACGCGCCGCUUACUGCCGUGGCGGCGUGCAAAGAAGCCAUCUUCGCGGCGGGCGCUGGGGAAUACCCGGCUUAUAGCGAGUGCGCCUUUACGGUGGUGGGCACUGGUCAGUUCCGGCCGCGCGACGCCGCGAGCCCGCAUAUCGGCAAGGUUGGCGCCCUCGAGGAAGUGCAGGAGGCCUCGGUGGAGACGCUUUGCGUUGGGGAGGAGACGACGAAGAAUGUCGUCCAGGCUUUGAAGAAAGCGCAUCCCUACGAGGAGCCGUCCUACCAUGUCUACAAGCUGGAGGACUUUUGA